GGGGUAACGGCGUGAUGCCGGAGCGCGUGACCGGCGUGCUCGUCGUUUUCCGUCUUCCAACUAUCACCGAGAACUAUGGCGUCUGGUUACGCGGCUGAAGGCGGAGGCCGGGGCCGGUGCUACCCGUACUGGCAGGAAUUCCUCAAGUGCUACACCCAGACAGACCUCCCGACAAAGUGCAGACCCGCCUCGGACGACUACCUCGAGUGCUUGCACCGCACGAAGGAGAUUGCCCGUCAGGAAACCGUCCGCAACCAGAUGGUCAUCAACGCCAAGGCAGAGGCCGCCGACGCGCUCAAAGCGCAUUCGAAGAGCUCUAGCGCAGGCUUGAUAUCCCCAGACGCGUCAGAGGAUAGCAAAUAGAGCAGAAUGAGCAUUGACACCAUCUAUCUUGCUGUGAUUCCUUCUAUCCAUUGCGCCGACUCGCUACAAGUCGCUACUCCUCGAAAUGUCGCAUCGCCGUAUUGCAAGUCUCGUGCCAGAGGCAUAUUAUUGAGAUCUUUUGCGUGCGUC